AUGGUUGAAGACUCAAAUGGGCUUAGGUCCAUUUUCUUGGAAGAACUAUGGAAUUCGCCACCGAGAAUAAUGGAACCCACGUGCCCCAUUUAUGAUGCUCCUAGCAAUAGCGACAUGGUGCGUCACAGAAUCAUUCUAAGUUGUGACCAAGUUGAAAAGCUAAAGAAAUGGGCGGGUACUAAAUGUAAAAGCAUUGGUCUCGAGACAUUGCACUUGUCAACCUUUGUGGUGACAUGUUCUUUGAUUUGGGUAUGUAAGGUAAAAUCAAAAGACCCUGAUACCGAAGUAACUGAUCCCAAGGAUGAUGAUUCUUACUGCUUGACUUUCCUAGCUGAUUGUCGUAACCGCUCCAAGCUUUCAGUUCCAUCAACUUACUUUGGAAACUGUUUGACUAUUUGCCACGUGGAACUUCAGAAGGAGAAGUUGGUGGGAGAAAACGGUAUUUUGGAGGCAGUGAGUGCUAUUGGAGGGGAGGUUAGAGGUCUGAGGGGUGACCCUUUGAAAGGGUUUGAAUGGAUAGUUUCGGGUCGUCGUAGGAGGGAAUUGGGGAGACAAUCACAACAUGUGAUGAUAAUUGCAGGGUCACCAAAGCUGAAUGUGUAUGAGACUGACUUCGGGUGGGGAAGGCCAAAGAUGAGUGAAAUACUUCAUGCUGAUGAUGCAGGAGCCAUGUGUCUUUCUGAUUGUAGAAACCAAGAACGUGGUGGCAUUGAAGUUGGGCUAGCACUAAGUGCAAUUCAAAUGAAGAAAUUCAAUGCCAUAUUGGAUGAGCAACUUGGAGAUAUUGACAUUGUUGUUCCGCACCGAAUCCUUUAUACUAUAUGA